GGCAGCACCGGAAGCCGCUCCCCAGUGAGGCUGCGGACCCGGAGCGGCGGCCGCAGGUCCAGGCGCCAUGGCUGCAGAGCGGACCCGGCCGCUGCGAGGCUCUGGCGGCCCAAGCGCCCCUAGUCGGUGUGAGCCCGGCGCGAGGUCCCGGGCCCCGGGGCGCUCGCUCAGGUAAAUUUUUCCAUAACCUUAUGGAGAGAAAGGACUUUGAGACAUGGCUUGAUAACAUUUCUGUUACAUUUCUUUCUCUGACGGACUUGCAGAAAAAUGAAACUCUGGAUCACCUGAUUAGUCUGAGUGGGGCAGUCCAGCUCAGGCAUCUCUCCAAUAACCUAGAGACUCUCCUCAAGCGGGACUUCCUCAAACUCCUUCCCCUGGAGCUCAGUUUUUAUUUGUUAAAAUGGCUCGAUCCUCAGACUUUACUCACAUGCUGCCUCGUCUCUAAACAGUGGAAUAAGGUGAUAAGUGCCUGUACAGAGGUGUGGCAGACUGCCUGUAAAAAUUUGGGCUGGCAGAUAGAUGAUUCUGUUCAGGACGCUUUGCACUGGAAGAAGGUUUAUUUGAAGGCUAUUUUGAGGAUGAAGCAACUGGAGGACCAUGAAGCCUUUGAGACCUCAUCAUUAAUUGGACACAGUGCCAGAGUGUAUGCACUUUACUACAAAGAUGGACUUCUCUGUACAGGGUCAGAUGAUUUGUCUGCAAAGCUGUGGGAUGUGAGCACAGGGCAGUGCAUUUAUGGCAUCCAGACCCACACUUGUGCCGCAGUGAAGUUUGAUGAACAGAAGCUUGUGACAGGCUCCUUUGACAACACUGUGGCCUGCUGGGAAUGGAGUUCUGGAGCCAGGACCCAGCACUUCCGGGGGCACACAGGGGCAGUGUUUAGUGUGGACUACAAUGACGAACUGGAUAUCUUGGUGAGUGGCUCUGCAGACUUCACUGUGAAAGUAUGGGCUUUAUCUGCUGGGACAUGCCUGAACACACUAACUGGACACACGGAAUGGGUCACCAAGGUGGUUUUGCAGAAGUGCAAAGUCAGAUCUCUCUUGCACAGCCCUGGAGACUACAUCCUCUUAAGUGCAGACAAAUAUGAGAUCAAGAUUUGGCCAAUUGGGAGAGAAAUCAACUGCAAGUGCUUAAAGACUUUGUCUGUCUCUGAGGAUAGGAGUAUCUGCCUGCAGCCAAGACUUCAUUUUGAUGGCAAAUAUAUUGUCUGUAGUUCAGCACUUGGUCUCUACCAGUGGGACUUUUCCAGUUAUGAUAUUCUCAGGGUCAUCAAGACUCCUGAGAUAGCAAACUUGGCUUUGCUUGGCUUUGGAGAUGUCUUUGCCCUGCUGUUUGACAACCGCUACCUGUACAUCAUGGACUUGCGGACAGAGAGCCUGAUUAGCCGCUGGCCUCUGCCAGAGUACAGGAAAUCAAAGAGAGGCUCGAGCUUCCUGGCAGGCGAAGCUUCCUGGCUGAAUGGAUUGGAUGGGCACAAUGACACGGGCUUGGUCUUUGCCACCAGUAUGCCUGACCACAGUAUUCACCUGGUGUUGUGGAAGGAGCAUGGCUGACACCACGAGCCACCACCGCUAACUGACUUUGGGUGCCGGGGCUGCAGGUUUUGGGUGCAACCUCUCUGGCAGCCAAAUGCAUGAACCAAAGUUUUCACCUAAUGGUAUCAUCACGCAGUGCACAAUCAUUUAUCUGUUUGCCAGGGGCCAGGGCUCGGGGUGGGGGAGGGCUUGUUUUAUUGACAUACAGCGUAGCAUGCUAAUGGGGUACACCAUUGAUUUCAUUGUACUUAGUUAUGUUGGUCAGUGUAAGAGGAUGCAUUUUGGGUUCAUCUUUCUUGAGUGGAUUAUUGGUUUUAAGUAAAGUUAAAUGUUUCGUCUGCCAAUUGGUUGCCUAUGAAAUCACAUUCAGUCUGUUAUUAAAGCUUUUUACCAUAGCUUUUUUGUUUGAAGUUGAAGCAAAGGUGCUAUGAUGUUGUUACAGCAACUUCUUUCACAUGGGGCUUAGCUUUUGUAAGAGCCAGUGUUACAAAGACCACCAAGUCCUGUGAUGUUCAUGAACUUUCCACCAAAUAGCAGUUCUACAGAAAGUCUGUCUUCCAGUGCAAAUCUAAUUCUAUAAAUUGAUUGUUUGCAACGCUUUCUAAAGCCUAGUGCUUGGCAGAGUCAGAUUGGCAUGAUUAAAACAUAGGGAGUUGUAUAGUUUGUUUCCAUGAGGAAAAAGCUUGCUCCCCACCACAUCCCCUGGCUGGGUUACAGCACAGAGGCGAUGUGGAGUAGUACAAGGAGCACUGUGCUAGAAUAUUGGUGACUGGUAUUACCUGGGAACCUGCAAGCUCAGGCAUAUCAUUUCCCUUGGUGCCACUGUCCUUGUUUGUGCAGUCAGGUGUACAACUAAGAUUCUUUCCUGUACUGUAUCCACUGAAGUGUACAAAGUUGAUACUGUAAUUUUUCUGAUUUUUUUCUUCAAGUUGGAGAUAAUAUUUAAAUGAAUCUCUGAUACAAAGUUGUUAUCUGUAAGGAAAUCAUUUACAUGAAAAGGUCAAAUAAAAGGAGACUGUAGAAUAUGUAACAGAUUCCACUUAGAGAACAAAUAUUUGGUGGAGGAGGUGCUGGUAGGAGUUAGGCUUCUGUAGGGAGGCAGUGUGCGGAGAAAGAAAAAUAGGUGAAUUUGACUUCCUCAUUUGCUCCUAAUUUGGUCUGUGACAUCAGGCAAGUUAGCUUUCUCUCCUUUGAGCCUCAUUUUCUGCAUUUUUAAAAUGAAGGAAUUGUUCUGGACUAGGGUUACAAACUCAAAUCCCUUAGGGAAUCAUGCAGGAAGCAAAUGAAUAGAACAUGUUGGGUAGGAUUGUGUGGAACCUUGGAAAGUGCAUAUGAGAGAGAAGUUUCUCAGCUCUGGCUGUUUUAUCAUUAGCAGAAACAGGCUCGGUGUUGACAGGCGUGAUUCUUCUCAGGAGUAGGUAGAAAUGCAGAUUUUUUACAUCCCUUGAUUUUUAAAAUGUUAACAGCUGGUGGGGAUUAUUUAAGAUAGGAUGGGUUAAAAAACCAUAUCUACAAUCUGUCAGUUUGUGUCUCCCACCCUCUUCAAAGUUAGGUGAUUCUGUCAUUUAGCAGUGGAAAUGUUUUAACGUAAUUGUCACAAAUUAGGGAGAAAGCAGAAAGAGCCACAGUAGAAGCUGUUUUCCUUGUGUUAUGGAGGGGGUAAAAGGGGUGGCUUAUUGUAUGGUAGACCCAGCAGGAAAGUCGUAUGAAGAUGAACGUGAGAGUUGGGACCUCAGGGAAGCCUCCUCCUAGGAACACAGCUCAUUCCUUCUUGCUGCCUCUGAUACAAAGCAUAUCAUUUAACAGAUGGGUAAAGGGUUGCUGGCAGGGCUGAGAAUAACUUGAACUCUAAUGUGGAGGCACAGCUUUCCACAGCCUGCAUUAGCAUUGAGCAGGACCAUGGACCUUAGAAUCAGUGGUUGGUUUCAAGGGCAGGUUUAGUUAAUAAUCAUGUUGAAAUUCCAAGGGGAUUAUGUAAAAGAAUAGUACCUUCCUCUGCCUGCCAAAUUCCUCCUGGCUUGAACCACCAGUGGUAGGUACAUGCACGAGUACCCAUUGCGUGGGAGAGUCAUACAUGUACCAUGGAUGGUUCAAGCCACCUGGCACUGACACAUACGGAUCAUGACCCUGUGGAGAAUGUUGAUCCAUCUCACAUUGAGUUCUGUGCAUGAGCCCUGCUUUGUCCUCCCAGAAAUGGAACCAGAAUGCAGCUGGAAUCUUUUUAAGGCGCCUUUGGAGACUGAGCAAUAUGAGGGUAAAUGAUUUUCAUUUUCAGUUAGCAGGUAAAAAUACUUGAGAUCACUGAUUUAACGAUCAUCCUUACCCUGCAUCUCACUUUCUGAUAAAUCUGAUCACUUCAAAGGGCAAGUCAGAAUAGUCAUUUGUGGGAAGUUUUUUUUGUUUUUUUUUUUAAUAACCAACUUGAAACCUAGGCCCCUUUUCAGUUUUCAGUGGUGAAUACAGAAGUUAUCAAGAUGUCAAGAUGAUGCUGCCAUUUUUUGACAGAAGUACUCAAGGCAGUGGUUGGAGUAUUCAGUUCCUCCUCACAGAUAUCUUUAUUUUACCUGUUUAAUUGCUUUAUAGGUGCUGGAUUUAUUCACAGUUGACUUUUAAAAAUAGAAGGCUAGCUCUUCCUCUUCCUUUUUACAAAAUAAAGCACAGGACCAGGCAGGAGCAUAACCAAAGCUGUAGUUCCUAGGGCUCCUUUUGUUGCGUUUGGGGCUGUUUUGUGCAGUGCUGAGUUCCACUUCUUUAGCCCAGAGGCAGGGAAGGAGUGAGCAGGUAUAAGCUUUUGGUAAACUUUAUUCUCAACCCUUUGAAAGACAGUUUCCUUCAGCUCCUUUAUUGGAAGUAAUAAGCAUUGUCAUAUCUGGCCCUAACCUGACAGUGAUAUGACAGUCUCUGAUCUAUCAGAGAACUAGGAAGGAAAGCCCCUCCAGUGGGAGGACUAGACUGUGGGAAAGUUCUGUAGGAAGAUAUGUAUUUGUGUAGCAUUUCACAACUGGAACAUGACGGAAUAUUAGUGUUAAAAAUCUAAGGUUUGGAAUUAAUUUUUCAUAGUUUAAACUUUAUUCCCCCUUGGCCAUUGAAAAUGCUUGGUAAGGAAUGAGUGAGUACUAUAUAAUCAUUUUGUUAUUUCUUACUGAAGAAUGAUUACAAUGCACAGGGAGGAAAGAAAAUAGAAACAGUAUUAUCUUAGACAUGUUAUUUUGACCUAAAGAUGGUAGAGCCUGGCUUCACAACAUUUCUUUGAUUGAACCUAUCUAGCUCCUUUUUUUUUUUGGUUUUUUUUUUUUUUGGUUUUUUGAGCCCG